CACGGUCGUCUGCAGCCAGGCGUCCCCGCGGGGAGCCAGGUUCCUUAUAGGGCGGAUCCUUAUAGGGUCGAUUCCUAUAGGGCCUUCUGUGCAGGUGCUCCGUGCUGUUUGUAGCCCUGAGGGCUGCGGUUCUGGCCCCAAAGCACUCGGGUGAGCCGUGUGAUGAUUGCUGCGGGAGGAGCUGCGCUCCUUGCCAGCUGAUGGGAACGCCGAGCGCUUCUAUUGAUGCACUGUUCGAGGCCUUCCUACCGCCUCUGUGCUUUGAGACGGCCGGCAAGAAAACGAAGCGAGAAAACCUCGCCCUAUAGAGACACCGAAAGGCCAACCUGCCUGCUAGCUGCUCGAGCCGAAGGGGAAAAGAAAUCCUGAGGUUUAUUGUUCAUCGGCAACGAGCUGAUGGGAGGCUGCCCCUAUAGCUGCACUGCUUUGGGAUAACCCCCAUCCUGCCUGCUGUUGUGUUUGUGGGGAGGGCUGUUGGUAUGCUGAAGGUUUGAGGCUGGCAGCAGCAGCAGGCGUUGUGCUCCUUUCUCUUAUCUCCUGCCAGCUGGAGUGGUCCCCAGGUGGUAAAAGCAGACUUUCUCCCAAAGGGUUUGGCUUGAUGGCCAACUGAGUGUAAACAGGAGAAGAGUUCAAAGUCUGGAUGACCGGAGCUCGGAGUUUCUGAUGAGGACAACGAGUGUGCCGGCUUGUGCAACAGCUUCCUCCAGAAUAGACUCCUUGUUAUGUAAUGACAAGGUGCUGCUCUCAGUGUCAGCGUUAAGCUUUGACAAAGCAAAUAACCCAAAUCCCAUUUUUUUACAGCAGCUUUUCUCUAGCUGUCUGUAACUGCGCCCUAACUUCUGAGGUGUUGGAGAUAAAGCAUCAAGCAGUUGUGGUCCAGGGAGCUCAGCGGGGCUGGGCAUCCUAUACCCAACCUGCAGAGCUGCUUGGUGUUCUGGAAAGCCAACAAGCAUAUCUGAGCAUUCUGCAGGGCAGGGAAAGAUGGGAUGGUCUCUAACCUCAGUUCCAAGCAGCCACAGUUGGUGAGGAAGUGAACAUAGCACCCUCACUGGUGAAGGAAAUAGAUGAAUGUGUGCAGUGCAAAUGUCUACAGAGGUGGUGUGUCUUGCAGAGAGAGAAAUGCCACAGGGUGAUGUCCAUAAGGACAAAAGAAAGGAUGGCAUGCAGGGGGCCCUGUUUCAGAAAGGGUUCUUCCAUUUUUUUUCCUGUUUACCUUCCCUAUUAGCAGUUGUCCUUAUCUCUGUGUUGUAAAGAAAUGCUGCCUUUUGGGAAUAAACAGAUGGGAAUUCAUGAAGUUGGAUGCAGUCCAAGGGGCAGCUGCUGUAGAGGAAAAUCUGCUGGUGUGUGUAGCCUGAGACUGCAGGAUCAAAAAGGUCUUCAGCUGGUGCAUGGGGGCAUCACAGCCUGCUAAACUGCAGACAGAGCAAAAGUCAUGUUAACCUGACUGUUGUGAGAGCCAAGUUUGAUCCUGCAGUCACAGAAGAGUUGCAUCGAGGUGGCGCGAAGCCAGCUGCUGUGUUAUUUUCAGCACUGUGUAUAUGCACUUGUUUUACUGUGUUUUCACAAGAUUGUCUGCCAUAGUUUACAGUGAGGGCUGGUCAGAGGGACCUCUUGGUGAUGAUUGAUGGUGGUUGUAGCACAGGACCCCUUUUCCUUUUACUUGCCAUCAGAUGCAUGUCCUGUACCCACUGUGCCGCUUCUGAGCAGCCUCAGUAAGUUUGCAGACAACACCAAGUUGGGAGGGAGUGUUGAUCUUCCUGAGGGGAGAAAAGCACUGCAGAGGGACCUGGAUGGACCGGAUCUAUGGGCCAAGGUUAGCUGUAUGAGUUUCAAUAGGGCCAAGUGUCAGGUCCUGCAUUUUGGUCACAACAACCCCAGGAAACCCUACAGGCUUGGAGAAGAGUGGCUGGAAAGCUGUCUGACGGAAAAGGACCUUGGUGUGCUGAUAUUCAGUCGGCUGAAUAUGAGCCAGCAGUGUGCCCUGGUGGCCAAGAAGGCCAAUGGCAUCCUGGCUUGGAUCAGCAAUGAGCGCUCACCAUGGUCAAUGAGAACCAGCAUACCUGCAGUGCCAGCUCCAGCUCCAAGUCCGAUGGCGGCAGCAGCAGUGGGAGUGAAAGCUCCAAGGACAGCUCACGCUGCUCCACUCCUGUCCUCGAUGCCGAGCGUCACGAGCGACUGCGGGAGAAGAUGCGGCGGCGGCAGGACUCUGGGGACAGGUGGUUCUCCCUGGAGUUCUUCCCUCCACGCACAGCCAAUGCUGCUGUCAAUCUCAUCUCCAGGUUUGACCGCAUGGCAGCAGGUGGUCCUCUCUUCAUUGAUGUGACGUGGCAUCCUGCAGGGGACCCAGGAUCUGACAAGGAAACCUCCUCCAUGAUUAUUGCCAACACUGCAGUCAACUACUGUGGCCUGGAGACCAUCCUUCACAUGACGUGCUGCAAUCAGACCAAGGAUGACAUCACAGGGCACCUGCAGAAGGCCAAACGGCUGGGGCUGAAGAACAUCAUGGCAUUGCGUGGAGAUCCUGUUGGUGAGGAAUGGGAGGAAGAAGUACAUGGAUUCAAUCAUGCUGUUGACCUGGUUAAGCACAUUCGCAGUGAAUUUGAUGAUUACUUUGACAUCUGUGUGGCAGGCUACCCCAAGGGUCAUCCUGAAGCAGAGAGCUAUGAGGCAGACCUGAAGCACCUGAAGGAGAAAGUUCUUGCUGGAGCAGACUUCAUCAUUACACAGCUUUUCUUCCGACCAGAAACCUUUCUCAAGUUCAUGAAGGACUGUCAAGCCAUUGGCAUUACCUGCCCCAUUAUUCCUGGCAUCUUCCCCAUACAGGGUUACCACUCUCUGCGCCAGCUGGUGAAGCUCUCCAAACUGGAAGUGCCCCAGGAAAUCAAAGAUGUGAUUGAACCCAUCAAGGAUAACGAUGCAGCUAUCCGGAAUUAUGGGGUGGAGCUGGCAGUGUCCAUGUGCCGGGAGCUGCUGGACAGUGGCCUGGUGCAUGGGCUCCAUUUUUACACCCUCAAUCGGGAAGUGGCUACUACUGAAGUCCUUAAGCGCCUUGGCAUUUGGAAUGAGGACCCUAGGCGACCUCUGCCUUGGGCAGUCAGUGCUCACCCCAAGAGAAGAGUUGAAGAUGUUCGGCCAAUCUUUUGGGCCUCUAGGCCUAAAAGCUACAUCUAUCGAACUCAAGAGUGGGAUGAUUUCCCCAACGGUCGAUGGGGUAACUCCUCUUCUCCGGCCUUUGGGGAGCUGAAGGACUAUUAUCUCUUCUACCUGAAGAGCAAGUCUCCCCGUGAGGAGCUCCUGAAGAUGUGGGGAGAAGAACUGACUGGUGAGGAAAGCGUCUUUGAGGUUUUCACAUGUUACAUCACCGGAGAGCCCAACAAGAAUGGACACAGGGUUACGUGUAUGCCCUGGAACGAUGACCCUCUUGCUACUGAGACCAGCCUUCUGAAGGAGCAGCUGGAGAAGGUCAACAGACGAGGAAUCCUGACUAUUAACUCCCAGCCAAACAUCAAUGGCAAACCCUCCACAGACCCCAUUUUUGGCUGGGGACCUAGUGGAGGUUAUGUCUUCCAAAAGGCAUACCUAGAGUUCUUCACCUCCAGUGAGAUCGUCACAGCACUGCUCAAAGUGUUGAAGAAGUACGAGUUGCGGGUGAACUACCACAUUGUCAACGUCAAGGGCCAGAAUAUCACCAACGCUCCUGACCUGCAACCCAAUGCUGUUACCUGGGGCAUCUUUCCAGGCAGGGAGAUAAUCCAGCCCACCGUGGUAGACCCUGUAAGCUUCCUUUCCUGGAAGGAUGAGGCCUUUGCUCUGUGGAUUGAGCAGUGGGCCAAGCUCUACGAAGAGGAGUCGCCCUCUCGCAUGAUCAUCCAAUACAUCCACGACAAUUAUUAUUUGGUCAACCUGGUGGACAAUGACUUCCCACUUGAGAACUGCCUCUGGCAGGUUGUGGAUGAUACUUUUGAGCUGUUGAACUCUCCACCUCAGCAGUGAAAAACUCAUUUGCUCCCUUAGUUCUCCCUUCCAUCUGCUGACUGCAAGGAGAGAAAAAGCAGCUCCUUUCAGAAUGCUGGACCAGAGGCUCCUAAACCCAGUCAGCGUUGCUGCUCAGAGUCAGGCAACUCUGAUCAACCCCCAUUACAAGCUCUUCUAUCCCAACAAAAAUGUUCCUUAUCCCUUUCCACUGAACAGUAGCCAGGAGAACCACCUGUACUUCUGAGCUGAGGUUCUCUGUUGAGCUUGAACGCCAGCUCUGCAGGAUGGAGGGGUGCUCACCAUGGUUAUGUUGAUCACAGCUUGUAGGAGAAACCUUGCACACCAAUGUGGUACAGCUCAGUGGAAGUCUGGCAACUUUCUUCUGCAAGGCAUGCUGCUUUGGGGGCAGAAACACUCCUGUCAACAACAUCUAUGCAAGGAAGUUGAUGCAGCAGCUACCAACCAUAAAAAGAAGCUCAAACUGCUUUUGCGUUGCACUCCAAAGAUGUAUUGCAUCACAACUAAUAUCAGACUCUUUUUGUGCUCACUCCAGAAGAAGGUUUAAUCUUUCCUAACUUUUCCUCUUAGCUGUACUUCCUGAUUUUUAGGUUCUUUUUUAAUGGGAAUAUGAAUUCCACUUCUGGAUGUGAUCAAAUAGGAAUCACUCUACUUAAAUGUACAAUAAACUACAUGUAUACAAGUG